CGGCUAUCGGGGUCGACAAGAGCCGUUGACUUUUGCAUUUUGUUCAACUUUGGCUGGAGAGGGGUAAGAGGGGGCAUGUCCUUUCACCCAACAAUUUUGUUCAAGCAUGAACCGUACUUGUGCGUCUAUUUACCGUAGAGAGGCUGUGAGGGCCGGAGAGUGGGCUUUUUGCGAUGACUUUCUCUCCAGCCAGAAUGCAGGGAUUUAAAAAGGAGGGCUUGCCAGCAUCUGCCUUCCUAACAUCAACAGAACACAUUCCAACUGAAUAGUGACAAGAAACUACCUAGUGGCAUACCAUUCUUUCGUACGACAUUCCAACACAUAUCAUCCCAUAUCGAAAUCAAGAAUGACCUUGACAAUUACAAAAAUCCUUGUCCUCCUCGCCGCACCACUCCUUGCUUCGGCAGCACCCUGGCCUCGUCCAAAAACUGUUACACCCCCAUCUCAGCCUGAAUUGAAUUUAUUCGCCCGCGGUACCCAAAAUUACAUUUGCGAUGCAUCGCAGGGCAAGUGGCUCUUGUUGGGUGCGGAUGCCCCAUUGUGGGAUCAACACGGAAACGAAGUUGGCAGACAUUUUUUCGUUGAUGCCGUCCCACAUUGGCAACUCCACUCUGACUCUAGCUUCAUUGCUACCAAAGCCGUCAUCCCCAUUCCCUCACCCCAUGGACCGACCGAAAACAUUCCUUGGGUCAUGACCCAAAAAGCCUGGUCGUCCCAGUCUGGCAAAAUGAGCGAAAUCAACUUUGUUGCAAGGAUUGAUACUGAAGGUGGUGUUGCACCACCUAAUGAGUGGUGUCAUUGGGAGGCUGAUGGAAAGGAAUACAGAAAAGAGUACGCUGCUCGGUACUUGUUUGCGAAAUAGGACAAUAGUGAAGGGUUUCUCUAUUUUUUUUUUUUUUUUUUUUUUUUGUAUAAAUAUUAGGUAGAUACUUGGUUAAAGGACUCGGAUUUGAGAUAGUACAUACACAUAUCUGUUUGGCUAAAUAUCGUGAACUUGCCCAUCUUGAACUGUCCGAGUUCAUGUUCGAACCAAACUUGCUGGACUUUCG